CAUUAACAUAUUUCAAAAAAAAAAAAAAGGGUAACCAUUAAACAGUGUUACAUAGAUCUAAAAGAAAGACUCGCAUCAGCCAUUCACUUCUUCUUUUUCCAUUCUCAGUCCAAUUCGUUCAAAACCUCUCUCAUCUCUAAACCCUUCCUUUCUCUGCGGUUUUUUUUUCUUCAGAUCAGAUUAGAUCCCUUCUCUUCUCUAAACCCAUUUUUUAAUGAUCCUUUUAACAUUCUCCUAGAGCUUAGAUCUCGUCUUCUAUAUCAACUUUUGGGUAAAUGGGAAAAGUUUCAGCCGUUGUAUACAUAACCGUGGCUCUUCUAAUCCUAUUUCUUAUCUCUUAUUCCCCUAAGAAACACUCCACUCACAACCGCCAACGCCGCCUCAAGCUCCGCUCUUCCUUCAGCUUCAGCAACCCCGCCCGCCACGAGCCUGUUGCUUUUGACCCACUAGUCGCGGACAUUGAGCGCCGCCGUGAAGACCGCCAAUGGGAGAAGCAGUACUCCGAGAAUUCCCAUCCUGCGUUUACACAUGACGCCGCUCCGGCUGAAGAGUCCCAGCCCGAAUGGGAGGAUUUCAUGAACGCUGAGGAUUACUUGAAUGAUGAGGACAAGUUCAAUGUUACCAAUAGGUUGGUAUUGCUGUUUCCCAAGAUUGAUGUGGACCCAGCCGAUGGGUUUGUGACUGAGAAUGAAUUGACUGAGUGGAACGUACGGCAGGCUGCUAGGGAAGUCUUGCACAGGACUCAGAGGGAGAUGGAGAUUCAUGAUAAAAACCAUGAUGGGUUAAUUUCAUAUGCAGAGUAUGAACCUCCCAGUUGGGUGAAGAAUGACAAUACUUCUUUUGGUUUUGAUAUGGGCUGGUGGAAAGAGGAACAUUUUAAUGCAUCAGAUGCUGAUGGGGAUGGUUUAUUGAAUAUAACCGAGUUCAAUGACUUUUUGCACCCAGCUGACAGCAAAAACCCGAAGCUGCUUCAAUGGUUGUGCAAGGAGGAAGUAAGGGAAAGAGAUACAGACAAAGAUGGGAAGGUUAACUUCAAUGAAUUUUUUCAUGGGCUAUUUGACUUGGUAAGGAACUAUGAUGAAGAAGGUCAUAACUCUUUUCAUCCAUCUGAUCACUCAAUGGAGACCCCGGCUAAACAGUUGUUUAGCCAGCUUGAUAAAGAUGGUGACAGAUUCCUGUCAGAUGAAGAGCUACUACCAAUCAUUGGGAAAAUUCAUCCAUCAGAGCAAUACUAUGCAAAACAGCAAUCUAAUUACAUCAUAUCACAGGCAGAUUCAAAUAAAGAUGGUCGCUUAAGCUUAGUCGAGAUGAUUGACAACCCAUAUGUAUUUUAUAGUGCCAUCUUUAAUGAUGAUGAGGAUGAAGAUGAUUAUGAAUACCAUGAUGAGUUCCGCUAAAUGCUAAUUUCAUGGACAUAAAGGCAGCAAUAGGAUUCAAAUUCUUUUCUAGCAAGAAUUGUAUGCUCUAUAGAAUCAGUGAAAAACUUUCUACAAUUUCGUUUAAGGUUAUGCUAUCAACGUUUCUAUCCAAGAUUAUGGACCUUAGCUUGUUCUGCAGGCCGUUCCACGAUUAGUAGAUGGUCCUUGUAAUAUCAUCUUUCUUACAUACAUUUAUUAGAGAACACUUCAUGAUAGUUUGAUGUUUCAUGUUUUAAAGUUUGCAAGCCUUCCAAAAAUUUGGUGAUCUAGUUGGCAUACGUGUAGUAUGAAUAUUAAUCUUAAUUUAUUGGUCAUCAGGGGAAGUUGUUGGAAUCAAGGGGCUUCUAAUAAACUUUGGCCAAGGUUGUAUUUUAAUUUUUAAAGAGCUUCGGAUUUGUCUGCC